AUGAUCGGUCAUAUCCUCCGCGCAUUCAUCGGACUCGACGAGCAACUUCUGAGCUUGUCCUCAACCGCUCCAUGGACGUCGAACGCAGACGGAAGGGGAGACUACUAUCCCGGAGAUAGUGGCCCCUAUGGGUCUCAUAGUGAGGGUGCUGGCGAGUUCCAGCCCUCGUCACGGUCCAGUGCGGACGGAGACAUACUCCGCCACGGUGCCAACAUGACGCCUCCCACAAGCCAGACGCAGGCUGCGGCUCGAGGGGAAGCAGUGCACCGUGAUGAAAGCACACGACGUAUGCCGGGCGCGUACCCAAAUAGCUUCCGCAGUUCAGUAAAGAGGUCGUCCGUAAUCCGUCGGGAUGCCUCGUGGUUUGAACGUCGCCGAGCAGAGGACAAUCUUGCCAGGGCUUUGCGCGAAGAGAGGCUGUCGCGUCACAAGAAGUACUGUAGAGGAUGCAAGUGCCGCAAGGCCCUCUUCCUCAAGCCGGGUGCAUGCGCCCAGCUAGUUCCGACACCUGACGACGCGGCUUUGUCUCUCUACAACGCGGUGUUGAAGGAGAAGCCAGACCCGAAGCAGCCUGAUGGGAAUCGUCGAAGAGAAGCUAAGGAUGGCCGACGCCUUCGCGAGAAAGAUGGGCUGGGUGGGAAUCAUUCAGAGAGUGGCGAGGAAGAACGAUAUGCCCUGGAAGCCGCCUUCGACCUGUACAUUCGCAAAUGGGAUGAGAUCAGAUCCGGCAGGGUACCGUUAGAUUCGAUCGAGGGAGAAGACUUACCGUGGCCCGUGCGCGAUGGUACCACUCGACUACAAAGCUUGGAUGCGAUUAAUAAGCACAAUAUCGCGAGCUUUGUGCUACACCCGUUGAGACCUGACUUCAAUGACAAGUCUCCUCGCCAAAGGAUCAAGGAGGAACUCACUCGCUGGCAUUCAGACAAGUUCAAUACGAUCGUGCUUCCGCUUGUGCUACCACAGCAUAAAGAGGAAGUGAAAGCCCUUGCGAACGAGGUGACAAUUCAUCUAAACGAGAUCCUGAGAAGCAUCUAG